GAGUCGCAGCCGCGGACGGGAAUGACGAUGAAAGACAUCGCGGGCAUCGACGUCGUGCGGGAGGAGAUGAACGAGCUGAUCGCGUACUUGCGCGACUACCAAAAGUUUGUCGCCGCGGGGGCGGUGAUCCCCGCGGGCGUCCUCCUGUGCGGCCCGCCCGGCACGGGGAAGACGCUCCUCGCGCGGUGUCUCGCCGGCGAGGCGAACGUCCCGUUCUUCGCCGUCGCGGGCACGGAGUUCAUGGAGAUGUUCGUCGGCGUCGGCGCGGCGAGGAUCCGGAACUUGUUCCAGCAGGCGAGGGCGGUCCGGCCGUGCAUCGUCUUCAUCGACGAGUUUGACUCGGUCGCCGUGCGAAGAAAAGACGCGUCGCAGGCGGAGCAAGGGAACGACGAGCAAGUCGCGACGAUCAACCAGCUCCUGACCGAGAUGGACGGCUUCGGCGGGAACAGCGGCGUCAUGAUCUUCGCGGCGACGAACCGCCCGCACGUGAUCGACCCGGCGUUGAUUCGCCCCGGGCGCUUCGACCGCGUCAUCGAGAUGCCGCUUCCGAACCGAAGCGCGCGGAUCGACAUCAUCAAACUUCACGCGUCGUACGAUCAAAUCAAGGAGCACAUCGACCCGGAUCUGGACUACGAGUACGUCGCGAAGCAGACCGCGGGGUUCACGGGCGCGGACUUGGAGAACUUGGUUCGAACGACCGCGCUGAGAGCGGCGCCCAUGGCGACGAAGGACAGCGGCCGCCUCGCCGACCUCGGCAUGUUCUUGAACAUCAUCGACGAGAUUCGACGGAGCAACAACGAGAAGAUCCGCGCGAUGAACCCGUACCUGCGCGACACCGUGUGCACGUACUUUGCCGCGCAGACGCUCACGGCGAUGCUCGCGCCAAACUUUGACGAGAUCGCCAAAGUUAAGGUCUUCGCCGGCGGCGAGGCGUCCGGGCAGAUCGUGUACGUCCCCGACGAGAUCGGCGCCGACGGCAACGCCGCGGUGAAGUUACGGCAGUGGUACGAGAGCAAGAUGACCGUCCUCGUCGCCGGGCAGAUGGCGGAGCGGUACCUCUACGGCCCCGACAACGUCAGCGAGUUUGGCACCGUGGACAUGAAGGAGGCGACGGCGAUGGCGUGCGAGAUGGUGAUGAUGCACGGGUGGUCCGACCUCGGCCCGCUGUGCGUG